AACGUAGUCCACCUUCACUUGCUCUCUUUUUUCCGAAGAAUCUGUUUUUGUGCAAAGUUUUAACGAUUUUUGUAUUUCUUUGGUUUGAACGAAGGCUGAGAGAGAAGAUGGCGAGUGGUCUCGAGGAUAUUGUGAACGAGAAUGUUGAUUUGGAGAAAAUCCCUAUUGAGGAAGUGUUCCAGCAGUUGAAAUGCAGCAGAGAAGGUUUAUCAGGAGCAGAAGGAGAAAACAGGCUCCAGAUAUUUGGCCCCAACAAACUCGAGGAGAAGAAGGAAAGCAAAAUACUCAAGUUCUUGGGUUUUAUGUGGAACCCUCUCUCUUGGGUCAUGGAAGCAGCUGCAAUAAUGGCUAUUGCUUUGGCUAAUGGCGGUGGAAAGCCACCGGAUUGGCAAGAUUUUGUCGGUAUUGUUUGUCUUUUGGUUAUCAACUCAACUAUCAGUUUUAUCGAAGAAAACAAUGCUGGUAAUGCUGCUGCUGCUCUUAUGGCUGGUCUUGCUCCCAAAACUAAGGUUCUAAGAGAUGGUAAAUGGUCAGAGCAAGAAGCUUCUAUUCUUGUUCCUGGAGAUAUUGUGAGCAUCAAGCUUGGUGACAUCAUUCCUGCUGAUGCACGUCUUCUUGAAGGCGACCCUUUAAAAGUUGAUCAAUCCGCUCUAACCGGAGAAUCUCUUCCCGCAACAAAAGGUCCAGGGGAAGAAGUUUUCUCCGGUUCUACCUGCAAGCAAGGUGAGAUUGAAGCGGUUGUGAUCGCCACUGGAGUCCACACGUUCUUUGGUAAAGCGGCUCAUCUUGUCGACAGCACAAACCAAGUUGGACAUUUCCAGAAAGUUCUUACGGCGAUUGGAAACUUCUGCAUAUGUUCCAUAGCUGUCGGUAUUGUGAUUGAGCUCAUUGUUAUGUACCCGAUCCAGCACAGACAGUACAGAGACGGAAUCGACAAUCUUCUUGUUCUUUUGAUUGGUGGGAUCCCCAUUGCAAUGCCUACUGUCUUGUCUGUGACAAUGGCUAUUGGAUCUCACAAGUUGUCUCAACAAGGAGCUAUCACAAAACGAAUGACCGCCAUUGAAGAAAUGGCUGGUAUGGAUGUUCUGUGCAGCGAUAAAACCGGGACUCUCACUCUAAACAAGCUUAGUGUUGACAAGAAUCUGAUUGAGGUUUAUGCUAAAGGCGUUGAGAAAGAUGAAGUUUUGCUUUUUGCUGCUAGAGCUUCAAGAGUUGAGAAUCAAGAUGCUAUUGAUGCUGCUAUGGUUGGAAUGCUUGCUGAUCCAAAAGAGGCAAGAGCUGGAAUUAGAGAGAUUCACUUCCUUCCAUUCAAUCCAGUUGAUAAGCGAACCGCUUUGACGUAUAUCGAUAGCAGCGGAAACUGGCACCGAGUAAGCAAAGGAGCUCCCGAGCAGAUUCUUGAUCUCUGCAACGCGAGAGCUGAUCUGAGGAAGAGAGUCCACUCUGCAAUCGAUAAGUACGCUGAGCGUGGACUCAGGUCACUAGCUGUUGCAAGACAGACUGUACCUGAGAAAACAAAAGAAAGCUCUGGUAGUCCAUGGGAAUUUGUUGGUGUGUUGCCUUUGUUUGAUCCUCCAAGACAUGAUAGUGCAGAAACCAUAAGAAGAGCUCUAGACCUCGGUGUCAACGUCAAGAUGAUUACUGGUGAUCAACUUGCUAUUGCUAAAGAGACUGGACGUAGACUUGGAAUGGGAUCAAACAUGUACCCAUCCUCUUCUUUACUCGGUAAACACAAAGACGAAGCCAUCGCUCACCUUCCUGUUGAUGAGUUGAUUGAGAAAGCUGAUGGUUUUGCUGGGGUCUUCCCAGAGCACAAAUAUGAAAUUGUGAAGAAGUUGCAAGAAAGGAAGCAUAUCUGUGGAAUGACAGGAGAUGGAGUGAAUGAUGCUCCCGCAUUGAAGAAAGCGGAUAUAGGUAUCGCUGUUGCGGAUGCAACUGACGCUGCAAGAGGUGCUUCUGAUAUUGUCCUCACCGAGCCAGGACUCAGUGUGAUCAUCAGCGCGGUUUUAACAAGCCGAGCAAUAUUCCAGAGAAUGAAGAACUACACAAUUUAUGCAGUCUCAAUUACUAUUCGUAUAGUGUUUGGGUUCAUGCUCAUUGCUCUAAUAUGGAAGUUCGACUUUUCACCAUUCAUGGUUUUGAUCAUUGCUAUACUAAACGAUGGAACCAUCAUGACUAUCUCAAAGGACAGAGUCAAGCCUUCUCCUACACCAGAUAGCUGGAAACUCAAAGAAAUCUUCGCAACCGGCGUUGUUCUUGGAGGCUACAUGGCUAUAAUGACUGUCGUUUUCUUCUGGGCCGCGUACAAAACCGAUUUCUUCCCGAGAACAUUCCACGUGAGAGACUUGAGAGGCAGCGAACAUGAGAUGAUGUCUGCUCUUUACUUACAAGUCAGUAUAGUGAGCCAAGCUCUUAUCUUCGUCACUCGAUCUAGAAGCUGGUCUUUCACAGAACGACCUGGAUAUUACUUGCUAAUUGCUUUCUGGAUAGCACAAGCGAUUGCAACAUUGAUUGCGGUUUACCCGAAUUGGGAAUUUGCAAGAAUCAAAGGAAUAGGAUGGGGAUGGGCUGGAGUUAUCUGGCUUUAUAGUAUUGUCUUUUACUUUCCAUUAGACAUAAUGAAAUUCGCAAUCCGUUACAUACUAGCCGGAACAGCCUGGAACAAUCUCAUUGACAACAGGACUGCGUUUACUACUAAGCAAAACUAUGGAAUAGAGGAGAGAGAAGCACAAUGGGCUCAUGCACAGAGGACUUUACACGGUCUUCAGAACACUGAAACAGCCAACGUUAUCCCGGAGAGAGGUGGUUACAGAGAACUGUCCGAAAUCGCUAAUCAAGCCAAGAGACGAGCUGAGAUCGCAAGGCUUAGGGAACUUCAUACGCUUAAGGGACAUGUAGAGUCAGUGGUGAAGCUUAAGGGAUUAGACAUUGAGACAGCUGCUUUAUCACAAAAACCUCAGAGCUACAAAUACAAAACCAAGAAGACGAGAAAGAUCUUUAGAACAGAGAAGAAGAGCUUAGAACAAAUCACAGAGACCAAAACAAAAACAAUGUCUUUCACCGCCGUAGCUUCUACACGACAAAGCUUUUUAUCGAACUCUUGCAGUUUCCGACACAGCUUCAAACCCAAAUCCAAUGUUAACCUCACUCGUCCUAAUUCAAUCUGUUGUAAAUCUUCACACCACGACGACGAAACUGAUUCUUCCCGGAAAAAUGAGAAUCAGCUGGCGAAAUUGGCAAUCGCGACGCUAGCGGUUGGCGUUUUGGCUUUGGGAAGCGUUGGAGAUGCGUUUGCGGCCAAAAGCGGUGGUAGGAUCGGUGGUCAAGCGUUUCGGUCUUCAGCUCCUCGUCCUCCUCCUAGAAUUAACAACCGAUCGAGGACCAACAUCUACGUGAAUCCUCCGGUUGCACCACCUUUGAUCGGUGGGUAUGGAUAUGGUUACGGCGGUUACGGAUUGUCACCAUUUUCCUUUUUUGCCCCUGGUCCUGCGGUGGCAGUUGGUGUUGGCGGUGGUUUCGAUCUCCUACUUCUCUUCAUGUUUUUUGGAGCCGCUUCAGCCGUUGCAAGAAACUUUUUCCGAUCAAGAAAUGAUGAAGAUGACGAAGAUGACUAUUAGGAAAAAAGUAAAAUAAAGAGGCUUAUGUAAU